AUGGCAGAACUCAACUCUGAGCUAUUCACCGAGCAAGAGCUCACCUGUUCAAUCUGCUUAGACCUGUUUACCGACCCGGUUUCCACGCCGUGCGGCCACAACUUUUGCCAGGGCUGUAUUGGGGGCUACUGGGCCUCCAGCCGGGUUUGCACCUGCCCGCUCUGCAAAAGGGUCUUCGAGGAGCGUCCGGAGCUCAGCAUCAACCGCGUCUUCGCCCACAUCGCCCAGAAGUACAAGGAGAUGCGUUACGGGGCUCCGCCUCCCGUGAAACCCCGACAAAGAUCCAUCCCCGGCGGCGUGGCUCCCCCGGCGAUGCCGCAGGAAGACGAGAUCAUGUGUGACGUGUGCACGGGCAGGAAGGAGAAAGCCGUCAGUUCCUGUCUGACCUGCACGGCCUCGUACUGCGAGACCCACGUGCUGCCCCAUCACCAGACGCCCUUCUACUCCUCUCAUCGCCUGCUGGACCCGAAGGAGGCCCUGCGCGGCCGCACCUGCCCGGAACACGGGCGGCUCCUGGAGGUAUACUGCCGCACCGACGAGAAGUGUAUCUGCGCCAUCUGCGUUCUGGAGGAGCAUCGCACCCACAGCACGGUGUCUGUGCAGACCGAGCGCGUUCUCAAACAGAGGCUCCUUGGAAAAACAGAACUGGACAUUCAGACAGCGAUUGAGAGAAAAAAUAUUCGCCUGGCUGAGCUGAAGGGCAAGCUACAAACCCUCAGGAACUAUGCUCAGGCCGAGCUGUCCGAGGUGGAGCAGGUCUUGACGGACGUGCUUCGCUCGGUGGAGCGAAUUCGCGGGGAGCUGGUGGACGGGAUCGAGGAGAAGCGAGAUUCGGUCAUCAGUCGCGGAGAGCGGCUGGCGACCCAUCUGGAAUCCGGGCUGGAACAGCUUCAGGAGCGCAGGGCUCGACUGGCGGCUCAGGCUACGUCGGACGACCACAUCGGCUUCCUUCAGAGCUUUGAAGCGGCCAACACCCCCAUUCCAGAGAUGGAAACGCUCAGGGAGGACGCGGAGGCCGAGCUGGAGCUGCACUUCUCCCUGGGGGAGGUGAAAGCCGCUCUUGGGGAGGUCCGUGAAAAACUGGACGACAUACGCAUGGGGGAGGUACACUACAGACACUCAGUUACGUCAUUACCGGAGAGCGAGAGCAUGAUGAGCGUUCGUUCACUAAGGAGGCGGGAAUUCUCGCUGAGGGAUCUGAGAAAAUUAAAAACAGGAUCUUCCUACAAAAAAGUGAGAGGUUAUCUAGAGGACAUAACUUUGAACCCAGUUACGGCCUACCCCUUCCUCAUCCUCUCGGACGACAGGAAGCAGCUUAAACGCGGCGAGAAGCUGCAGUUCUUCAGGAACAGCGCCCAGCGCUUUGACGUCUGGUCCUGCGUACUGUCCAAAGAAAGUUUCUCCUCAGGCAGACACUACUGGGAGGUAAAUGUGGGUGAGAACAAGGACUGGAAGUUGGGCGUGGUCUGCGAUUCGGCCCAGAGGAAGGGUCUGUUUGACAUGAGCCCUAGCAACGGUUACUACGCGCUGUGGUGGAGCGGGUCUCAGCUCCGCGCCCUCACGGCUCCGCCCCUAACCAAAGUCAAGGUCACGGGGAAGCUACGACGGGUCGGCAUCUACCUGGACUGCGAGGAGGGUCAGGUGUCGUUCUACAACGCCAAGACGGGAUCCGAGCUGUACUCUUUCUCCGGUCCCGAGUUCACCGAGAGAAUGCUCCCCCUGUUCGGCACCGGCGACAAAGAAGUCCCAUUGGUUUUAAUGUCCACUCAGUUCGGUAGCAUGCCAGAGUGA